AUGAUGAUUGCUCACCAGAACGAUGCACUACGAGCCGAUGACUUCACUCAUCGAGGAGCGAUCACGUUCGAUGGCCGCAAUAUUCGUCAACUAAUGGUUGAAGGCUUACAUGAACUUGUUGAUUUCCUAUUGGUGAUGCAAUUCGAUGACACUCGUGUUUACAUGGCGAUUUGCUCACUUUUCUCGUUGAUCGUUUUCUGUAACGCUUCAACUCCUGCUUUAUAUGAACAAUGUUUGGCGCAGUUCGUUGCGAUGCGCGAAGUCUACUCGGAUCCUCUCCGAGGUAAAAAAGCCAAUAUCGACGAUGUGGUGCGCAAUUGCCUCAGUCUACUUCAUCGACAGCGUUUAGUGGUCGAUCAAACACAACGAGUAUCAUUCAAUAAAUCUCAUCUUAUCGUGAUGAAAGAUCUGGUUAGACUCGCAACGAGUCCGUAUGAAAUUGUGCGUCGUGCCGCAGGUAUAGUGCUGGCGAGUUUCUUCCAAACGUUCCAAUUUUCAUAUAUACUACUGUUGGAAGACGUUCUCAAAUUCAUGGAUCCCACAGCAAAGAAUGUCUCUGAAAAAGAUUUUAAGGGUGCUCUACAAGUUCUGUGUACCGGUCAGUUCUUUAUUGAGCGUGAUUGGCCAACACUGAAUCGUAUUCUUCCGGAACUGGUCAAGGCGAAUUACGCGGACAAACCGGAUAUCCUUGAAAUGCUGAAAGCCAUUGAAGUGCUUGCAGUAUCCGGUUGGAAGUGGAUGCCAAUCAAAAUUGAGAUAUCAAAAGAGUUGGUUGCGUUGAGCAAAAACUUUUGGGAUGUUUCAAAGGGAACAAUCAAACCGGAAUAUCCGACGAUAUCAGCCGAACGAGAAGCCAAGGCUAUCGCUAAGCUUGCUGAAAAAUCGAAACGCAACGAAAAACUUUAUGACGAGUUGAUGAAAACGUUAGUGACACUAUGCGCCGAAACGUUACACUGGAGACAGUUGCGUUUAGCCGGUUAUUUGGUCAGCCAUAUGCUAUUGCGACGGACAACACCUGAUGCUAUUCGGGUAUUUUUACGAAUGUUGGUCGAUGAACAAAGGGAAAUGCGUGAAAUUGCAAUGAACGCUCUUCCGGAAUGGAUGAAGUCAUCGAAGCCGAAGGCAUUGAAAGAAGAAUAUAAGCCUGAUCAGUUACCCAAUCGAGGUGCUGGGUCUGGCUUUCCGAAGGAAUACGGUUUAUUGAAAGAUAAUCAACGAUUGAUCUACAAUGGCGGUUUUGCACCGAAGAAUGCAAAAGAAUGGGACGAUUCUUUGUUCAUUAAUAAACAAUACGUUGGAUUCUAUCAGUGGGGAGUGUGA